AUGUCUUUUUUAGACCAUUUAUCACCGGAUGGGAUAACCAGGUCUUUUAACGAUGCAGCAAGUGGUUAUGCUCGAAGUGAAGCUAUUGUUGUUUUGUAUCUACAAAGAGCUCGUAAUGCAAAACGAAUUUAUGUAGAGAUAAAGGGCACACGCGCAAUAAUGGUAUCAUCAUAUGAUCGAAAUUCUGUCUUACAUGCAACCUGUGAAUUUCAAAUGGAGGUCAUGAAACUGACUCUUGAGGAUAGAAGAAUUUCCGGAAAAGAUGUAUCUUUCGUUGAAGCUGAUAAAAUGGGAAUCAAAGAAACUGAUGCAGAAGAGGUUAAAGCGAUUGAUAAAGUUUACAAUUAA